ACUAGCAAUGAUACAGCAAUUAUCACGAAAAUUUCGUUGCGUAUAUUCAAAUAUUAUGAUACAUUAUGAUACAGUCUCGUAUAAAGAACAAUAUACAUUGCAUAAUUCAAAUUAAAAAAAACUAUAAUGACGUCAAAAAUUACCAAAUCAAAAAAUGAAGAUGCAAACAAUGGAAAAACAUGGUUCGAAAUAUUGGUCAUUCUUAUAGUGUCAUUCGUUAGCUUAUCUGCAGGUAUACUAAUGACCUGGCCGUCACCUUUCAUCAUACAAAUAGUGAAUAACAAGGAAAAAUAUGAUAUAACCGAAGAAGAAGCAUCUUAUUUCACAGUAUUCAACACAGUGGGUGUUAUAGUGUUCCCACCUUUAUUAACACCAAUAGUUAAUCGUUUUGGUAGAAAAAAACUGUUAUUACUCACUUCAGUAUUUUAUAUGAUCACAUUUAUUAUCAAAGCGUUUGCUAGAUCAUUGUGGUUGUUCUAUUUCGCUAGAUUUUUAAAUGGAUUCGGGGAUAGUAUUACUUAUACUUGUGUAGUUGUUUACAUUGGAGAAAUCACAACUCCUAAAGUAAGAGGUGUUUGGGGAAAUGCAGUCGUCUGGUUCGGAUUUUUGGGUCAAUUCAUCAUAAACGUCCUAGGAAUAUACUUUGAUGUAACCACUACGUCCUUCAUAUGUUUAACAAUUCCUACAUUUUUGCUGAUAGUUUUUCCAUUCAUGCCCGAAAGUCCUUAUUUCUAUUUAUCUAAAGGUAGAGAAGAAGAGGCUAAAACAAGUUUGAGAAAGUUACGACGUAAACUUAAUAUAGAAGAUGAAUUUAUGAGGAUGAAGACGGCAAUAGAGAAAGAAGAAACUGGCUCUUGGGGAGAUUUGUUUAAAAAUAAGGUUAAUAGGAGAGCUUUAGUUACAGCGAUGUUUCUAAGAGUAUCACAAAUUUGGUGUGGAAUUUUCACAUUCGGUCCUUAUAUACAACUGAUAUUUCAGAAAUCCGGUAGCAAUUUGAGUCCAGAGCUUUGCACUAUCAUUUAUACAUUCGUUAAUUUCCUUUUCUACUCUUCUGCGGCUUAUGGUUCAAAUAAACUUGGUAGACGCGUUUCAUUGAUAUCAUCGUUAGUUUUAACUUCAAUAGUAUUCAUUUUAGAAGCUAUUUAUUUUUUUAUUGAUGAUUAUUACAAUAUUAUAGACCUUACAUCGCUAAGAUGGUUUCCUUUAGUAGGAUUAAUGGUUUUCUUACUGUUUUCAUGCUACGGAAUCGGAACUAUACCUUUUCUCAUGCCUGGGGAAUUGUUUGCUCCUAGUAUAAAAGCAAAAGGUGUCGCAUUAGUGAUUUGCAUUUUCGGUCUAUCAAAUUUCAUAGUUAAUACUUUGUUUUAUAAUUUAAUGACAACAGCAGGUUUGGGAGCGCCGUUUUUAUUUUUUGGAAUAUGUAGUAUCAUUUCUGCGAUCGUAUUUUACAAAAUUCUUCCAGAAACAAAGAACAAAACUCUCGAAGAGAUUCAAAUCAUCUUGAGUAAAAUGUGAAUGAUCUGUAUAGGAAAUAUACUCAUCCGCAUGAGAUAUAUUGACUCAUCACCGAAAAUUAAGGAUCUUGGAAAACUAAUGCAGGGUUAAUUUAAAGUAUAAACAUUUUCAAAUUUUACGAAAGAAUUUGAGAAGUAUUGCAUGGUUGCAAUAGGAGCAUAUUUUUUGUUAAAAAUUUUGUAAUAAAUUAUUGAAAAGCCAUGUUAAUUUGAAUUUUACAUUUCAAUCUAAAUAUGUUCACUGAUGCGCUAUAUUUUCGCGAUAUAACGAAAAUACCAACAUAACAUAUACCUUUCUAUUUUUGCUAAAUUAUAAUAUCAAGUUUAGGUUAUUUCAAAAACUGUAGAGAUGAGAUUUUUCUUGCUAAUGAAAUGUCUAAUUACGAAAAAUAUUUUUUCUACGACCGUGCGUUUUAACCCACUUUCCCGCACGCAUUUUAGUUUUGAAAGUGUCACUAGUAAAAUUAUGCGCAAAUUUUGACCUUAUUCGAUAGUUUUUUACUUCUGAGAUUAUAACUACUGUUACUACAGGUAAAUAAAUAUUUACAAAAUAGUCCAUCAAAUAAAAUUUAAACCUUUUCUAGCUUUUUGUAGCAUUUUUAAUUUUUUGAAAAUAUAAAAUAAUACAGAUAUUUUUUAUAUAACCAUGUAAUUGUUACUAAAACAUCAAAGUUGUUCAAAACGUCUUGGAAGUGACCGAAUAAGUGCAAUCUUCUUCUAAAUUAAACCACAUUAAACCGAAUCCGAUACAAUAAUAUUAAUAGAUUUAUCCGACGACGAACUUCACAAAGCCAUUUUGAAGGCUGCAAAUGAAACUAAUUCCGAGUUGUUACCUGCCAAAUGACUUAAAACCGUUGCCGUCAUCGUCAUCUUUAUGCGACCUGCAACCGAUGCCAUCCUCAUCGACGUCAUCUACCUUCCCGUUGAAACCAAAUAACUCUACUGGACCGGCAAUUCUUAAUAGUCUACAGAAUACAACAAAUUAUAUUUUCAAUAUUAAUAUUUAUAAUAAUUAGUAGUUUUUAGUUAAAGUUUUGUAUAUUAUUAUGUUUGUUGGAAUGAAAUAAUUUUAGAAAAAUGGGUUGGUAUACUUUUUGUAUAUACGGUCGUAGAAAAAAUAAUGUUCCUAACUCAUGCGUAAAGUGUCUUUCCCGCACUUGACCGCUUGCCCGAACUCCGCUCCGCGUCGUUCGGGACAAAUGCAGUCGCGUGCGGGAAAGUAUCACUUUCCGCACUUGUUAGGAAAAUAACUAUGUGAAAUGACAUUUCUAAUUGUUCCAAAUAGAGCCAGUAAAUCAACAACGACCAAUAGGAGUCAAAAAAUAAUUUCCAACGCAAAAUCGAACGUGAACGUAACGCCAACGAAUAUAUACAACUUUAGACGAUACGCAUGAAAGAGAAAUAGAACUGCAGAUUCUGCAAUUGCUCUGUCCGUUUCUUCAAAAAUCUUAAAUACCUUGAAACAAUAAUACUGACACAUUGAGAAGUGGGACACAAAAACCCCAGAUAAAUAGCCUCAAGUGCUCAAGAUGUACAACACCCACGAUCUUUUCACAUUAGUGGAUGAUCGCUCUAGCGAAGAAAUAAAUAACUGAAUGAAAUUCCGAAAUUGACAUUGUCAAAAAUUCUGCCAUAAAUUCGUGGAAGUCUGUUGAAUUUACAAUAUAUGUAUUCACUAAGCCUCCAUAUUGUAAGUCUAUAGCGCUGAAGAUGUGCGUUUCACAUAUACAACACCCACGAUCUUUCCACAUUAGUGAAACGUCUUCCUGGGCAUUAACUCGACGCCACAGAUCGAUUUCAUUCAUCUAUGUGAUCGCCUUCAAGAGCAAUAUAAUAAUUCCAACAAUUUCUUACCGGCAAGCAUUUUUUGAGAUCAGUAAAUCGCUAGUAAUCACUGGUGGCCACAUCUGGACUAUAAGGUGGAUACGAAAGCAAUUCUAAGUGUAAUUUAUUCAAUUUAACCAUCAUUGUUAUCGACUUGUGAAUCGGUUCAUUGUCUUGAUGAAACAAUGGCAUUAUCUUCGACAUAUGAGGCCGUUUUUCCUUGAUUUUUGCAUUUAAACGAUCAAAGAACUCUAUUUAGUAUUUUCUUUUCAUUUUCUCACCCUUUUUGGAGAUAGUGAAUGAACAAUAUUCCAUGCGUAUCCCAAAAUAAUGAAGCCAUAAUCUUCUCAGCUGACUGUUAUGCUUUUGGACGCUUCGGACGUGGUUCACUGGCUGUAGUCAACUCAGAUGAUGGUCGUUUUGAUUCCGGAGUGAAGUAAUAGAUCCAUGUUUCAUCCAUUGUCACAUAUUGAUGCAAAAAACUUGAUUCAUUACGUGUAAACAUGGCCAAACACUGCUCUGAAUGAUCAAAACGUUGUGUUUUUGAUCGACUGUGAGUAAACGCGCUAUCUACUUUGAAAAAAACUUUUUCAUGGUCAAAUGUGAAAGUUCUGAUGUCUUUACGGCCUCAGCUAUCGUGAACGUGUGUUAGUCACACGACUUAUUGAGUAAUGUAUUAUGUAAAAUUGUAAAACUUACGUUGUGAAAAUGGGGUGAGAUUUGUCAAAAACUCUGUCAUAAAUUCAUGGAAGUCCGUUGAAUACAUAAAUUUAUUAUUACAUAUUACAAGCCUACAGCGCUAAAGAUUUUGGUUCCAUUUAUAAAACACGACUUUUUUAUAUUGAUGGAGUGGAAAUUUCAGCUUUCAAGGACAAGUGGCGUUGUGAAUUUUGAAUGGAAUGUAACCAAAUGAAUCAUACUAAACUCAUGCAAGGUUGCUACGUUAUAGCCUCCAAAAUUUGAAUUCUUAUAAAUAAUUUGAAUCCUUAAAAUAAUCAUCCCGCAACAUAUACAAAUAUCCAAUUUGUACAUUUAGAAGUUACAAACGUUUUUAUUGGAUUAUAUUCUUAAAAUGUUUAUAAUUCAAAUGUAUAGAAAAUUGUCUUAAAUUUACUAAAUGCUAAAAGCUGAUGCACAUUAUAAGUUCGAAAAAACCUAAAGGUAAAACCAAUCAAUAUUUAGAAACCAGAUAACGUAGACCUCGGCUUUAAGAAAAGAUGAAAGUAGAAAAGAUUGUAAUUUCUUCAUACAUCAGUCGAAAAUACGUAAUUUCGCAGGGUCGAAAGUUUGAUAUUUGCUCCCUGUGAGAAGAACUCGCGUGCCAAGUCUGGUGAAUAAGGUGGGUGGUCAACCAAUUCGUAAGUUUUAGCCUUGGCAAUCACCGAAGGUGCGUUGUUCCUGGAAAACACUUUCUUUUUCUUCAAAUCCAAUCACUUCACUGCAAUAAGUGACAUCUUAAGGUUGAGAUCGGAAGCCUUUCAGAUAACCAUAUUAAUAUACAAGACAUAAAUCUGGUAUCAUAGUUUGAGCAUUUGGUACUAAGAGUGAGGUUAUAAUAUUGAUACAUUAAAAAUUUUGAGGUUUAGUACGCUUCUCAUUAUGUGGAUAUUAUUUGCCCCGAUAGUUUUACAAUACGUGUGAAUAGAUACCUCUGUGUUUACUGUUCGGGAAAGAUGUGCCUUGGUAGCAGAUUUCACAGGCUUGCACUUCUCUAAAGAAAUGAGUCUCGAUAAUUGACGUUCUGGACGUCUGCAGGCGAACUCUGAGUUCAUGAGCCACGUCUGCCCCUCGACUAGGUGUUGUGGGAUUAUGUUAGACAGGUCGGAAGAGCAUCUGCCUUGAUACUAUCGAUAAAAGAGAGUAAGGCCAGUGACUUCUAUGCUCUGAGCUAUCCAGGUUUCGAAUCAACUCGAUCGCCUAUAAGUCGAAUUGAGUCCAACUUCCUAAAGGUAUACUUGAGAGCUGAGCUUCAAAUGUGCGAGAAACUGUGGCAAAGUAUAUAGCUUUUUGGUUUUAAAGAGGGCUCCAAGUUUUUGUGAAGCUUCCUUAGCUAAUUCGGCCUAGUGACAAUGGCAGGACAUUAUAUUUGAACAUAGAGUACUUAACAACAAAAUUGAUGUAUUAAUUCAGCUUAUAGAAUUUAUAAGACAGUAAAAUUACAUCAAUGCUAUCACUACAAUCAAGAAUAUCCUGUAUGUUUUGUUUUAAUUCUAAAAUAUGCUCCUAAAUACAUUUCGUGAUAUUUAGUUAAAGAUAAUCAGAUUUUUCCGUAUUUUAAACUAGCCCUGUAUAAGUUUAUUUUUUAUGCUUCAAAAUUCAAAUUAUCAUUAUUAAUCCUUCGUUUUUUUUUUGUAAAUUGAAAUUAAGUUUCAAUAGCUCCGUUUUUGGUUUGUUCUGGAAAUUUAUUUUUUGUUGUCGUCGAUAAUUUCCGGAUAACCUGAUGUUAGUUAUUAUUGUAUUUAUAAUAACAAUAUGGAAAAUUUAGUUGUUUAUGGGGAUUGUUAAAUCUUUAAUUAUAUUUAAAUAAUGUUGUA